AUGCACGCCCUCUCUGGAUUCUCCCUGGUCAGCCUGCUCAGCUUGGGCUACCUGUCCUGGGAUUGGGCCAAGCCGGGCCUCGUGGCUGAUGGGCCUGCGGAGGCCGGCGAUCAGCCUUCAGCGGCUCCACCACAGCCUCCUCACAUUAUCUUCAUCCUCACCGACGACCAAGGGUACCACGACGUGGGCUACCACGGCUCAGAUAUCGAGACCCCAACUCUAGACCGGCUGGCAGCUGAGGGCGUCAAGCUGGAGAAUUACUACAUCCAGCCCAUAUGUACGCCUUCUCGGAGCCAACUCCUAACUGGCAGGUACCAGAUCCACACAGGAUUGCAACACUCCAUCAUCCGCCCACGGCAACCCAACUGUCUGCCUCUGGACCAGGUGACGCUGCCCCAGAAGUUGCAGGAAGCAGGGUACUCCACCCACAUGGUGGGCAAGUGGCAUCUGGGCUUCUACAGGAAGGAGUGCUUGCCUACCCGCAGGGGCUUUGACACCUUCCUGGGCUCCCUCACAGGCAAUGUGGACUACUAUACCUAUGACAAUUGUGACGGCCCAGGGGUUUGUGGUUUCGACCUGCAUGAGGGUGAGAGUGUGGCUUGGGGUCUCAGCGGCCAGUACUCCACUAAGCUCUAUGCUCAGCGUGCCAGCCACAUCCUUGCCAGCCACAGCCCUCAGAACCCCCUGUUCCUCUACGUGGCCUUCCAGGCAGUACACACACCCUUACAGUCACCCCGGGAGUACCUGUACCGCUAUCGCACGAUGGGCAAUGUAGCUCGGCGCAAGUACGCAGCCAUGGUGACCUGCAUGGACGAGGCUGUUCGCAACAUCACCUGGGCCCUCAAGCGCUAUGGUUUCUAUAACAACAGCGUCAUUAUCUUCUCCAGUGACAAUGGUGGCCAGACUUUCUCAGGAGGUAGCAACUGGCCCCUUCGAGGACGCAAGGGCACGUACUGGGAAGGUGGUGUGAGGGGCCUGGGUUUUGUCCACAGCCCCCUGCUCAAGAAAAAGAGACGGACCAGUCGGGCCCUGGUGCAUAUCACGGACUGGUACCCAACACUGGUGGGUCUGGCCGGUGGUACUACAUCAGCAGCUGAUGGACUGGAUGGCUAUGAUGUCUGGCCAGCCAUUAGUGAGGGCCGGGCCUCACCGCGCACAGAGAUCCUACACAACAUCGACCCCCUCUACAACCAUGCCCGGCAUGGCUCCUUGGAGGGCGGCUUUGGCAUCUGGAAUACAGCUGUUCAGGCUGCUAUCCGGGUGGGAGAGUGGAAGCUGCUCACCGGAGACCCCGGCUAUGGUGACUGGAUUCCACCGCAGACGCUGGCCUCCUUCCCCGGCAGCUGGUGGAACCUGGAGCGGAUGGCCAGCAUCCGCCAGGCUGUGUGGCUCUUUAACAUCAGUGCUGACCCUUAUGAACGAGAGGACCUGGCUGGCCAGCGACCUGAUGUAGUCCGCACCCUGCUGGCUCGCCUUGCUGAUUAUAACCGGACCGCCAUCCCCGUGCGUUACCCAGCUGCGAACCCUCGGGCCCAUCCUGACUUUAAUGGGGGCGCUUGGGGGCCCUGGGCCAGUGAUGAUGAUGAUGAGGAGGAGGAGGAGGAGGAGGAAGGCAGGGCUCGAAGUUUCUCCCGGGGCCGCCGCAAGAAGAAAUGCAAGAUUUGCAAGCUUCGAUCUUUUUUCCGUAAACUCAACACCAGGCUGAUGUCCCAUCGGAUCUGACGGCUGGGGGGUGGCAGGGAAUCUCGGUCCAUCCUCAGAUACUGUCCCCAAUGCUGCUUCUCAGGGAGAAG